CCACAACUUGGCCUGCUCGGUACGGCCACAUGAUGAAAGGAAUAUCCUAUUCCGUUCUAAGAUAAGACGAUCAAGAAGCCGCCUCUGGAGAUGGCGAUGAUCUGCUUCCCUACCAGACUCUCGCCUUUCUCCUCCUCCUCCUCCUCCUCCUCUACUCUCUUCCCCUCUCAUUCGCAUCCCUCUCGACGCGCCGGCGUAGCCCUCGUCGUUUUCUCCUCGCAUUCGAACCCCCGCAUCCUUAAAUCUAGCCGCCGCUCGCGGACCGACCGCAGGACUCCCUCCUAUGACGAUGAGGAACGGGUGAAUGAGGAUAGCGAGGAAGAGGAACCUUCGCCGGACAAUGAUGAUCUUUCAGAUGUUGGCGAUCAAUUUAACUUACAAUUGACCAAGCAAAGUGAAAAAACAGGACGCUUGAAAGUACUGAGAAAAAGACAGGAAAAUGGAUCACUAAAAAUUGGACAAUCAUUGAGAAAUUCUUAUGGUUCAGUGAAGGAUGAUGUUAAACCCAUCUUGAAGAAAACCAAUAUGACAAUUAAUCACCCCAUUUUAAAUAGAUCUUCCAAAGAGCUUGUUGAUUUGGAAAAAUAUGUAAAGAAGAAGAAUGAUAGCUUUAGUGAAAACAGAUAUCAUAAACUUGCUGAAGAUUUUGGUUUUGAUGAGAAAUGGUUUCCCCUAAUUGAAUAUUUGAACACUUUUGGAUUAAAAGAAUCUGAUUUUAUUUGCAUCUACGAGAGACAUAUGCCUUGCCUUCAGAUAAAUUUGUCUUCUGCUCAAGAAAGAUUGGAGUUCUUGAUGAGUGUUGGUGUGAAACAUAGAGAUAUCAGAAGGAUACUCAUCAGACAGCCUCAAAUCUUGGAGUACACUGUUGAAAACAAUCUUAAGUCACAUGUUGCAUUCUUGGUCAAUAUAGGGGUUCCUCAUUCUCGUGUGGGGCAGAUUAUUACUUCAGCCCCAUCUUUGUUCUCUUAUAGUGUUGAGCAUUCUUUAAAGCCAACAGUCAGGUAUUUAGUUGAAGAAGUUGGAAUCAAGACAACUGAUAUUAGCAAAGUGGUGCAGUUAAGUCCCCAGAUUCUUGUCCAACGGAUUGAUAGCACAUGGACGUUGCGCUUCAAUUUCCUGUCAAAAGAAUUAGGAGCACCUAAAGAUAGCAUAGUCAAGAUGGUCACCAAACACCCACAACUUCUUCAUUACAGUAUUGAAGAUGGCAUAUUGCCCAGAAUAAACUUUCUAAGGAGCAUUGGCAUGUGUAAUUCUGAUAUAUUGAAAGUGUUGACAAGCCUUGCUCAGGUAUUAUCUUUGUCAUUAGAAGGGAACCUGAAACCCAAGUAUUUAUAUCUAGUUAAUGAACUCCGGAAUGAAGUCAAAUCCUUGACAAAAUAUCCCAUGUACUUGAGCUUGUCUCUGGACCAGAGGAUUCGACCUCGCCACAGAUUCUUAGUUUUUUUGAAAAAGGCUCCAAAAGGACCAUUUCCUCUGAGUUCAUUGGUCCCUACCGAUGAAUGCUUUUGCCAACAGUGGGCUGGAACUAGCUUGGAGAGGUAUUUGGCAUUUAGACAGGGUUUACAAAUGACCAACUUUGCUAAGAAAUAUGAAAGAAAAGGUCUCUAACUUACUGAACCUUAAGGAUAAGUAUGAUGACGAUUUUGCAAUAUACCUAGCAAAUGUCUGAUGAGUUUUCUGAAAACGAGUUUUGUUGAAGCUUACUAUGCAGACAGGAUCUGUUCUCAGGCAAUCUCUCUGCAGAAGUUGAUCCCCAAUUUAAAUUUUGCCUACAAUCAGCUAGAAAUGCCCAUAUUGGUAGCUCACUAAUAUCACGUGACAGUGUACUUAGCGUAUAAAAAGCUCUUUCAGGCUAAUCAGAUCCACUACUUAACACCCCUCAACCCUUGAGAGUGCACCCUAUUGCUGGUCAUGACUAGUCGUUUUGGAAAGUUAUAAGCAGGCGUUCUGACAUUUUUAUUUUUAUGUUAGUGGAUUAUGUAUUUCUGCUGUGAAUGACCAACCAUGUAACAUUUAGCAAUUUGAUGCUUUAGUCUGUAUAACAACGGUAUAGUCUCUCAACGAGAUUUUGUUGGUGCGUGUCAAGAAAAGUAAAGUAGAAUAACUUGGGUUUACAUUGUAUAAUAAUCCAGCUGGACUAUAUGUUGUCAGUAUAAAGUUCAAGAUUUCUUAGAA